UCGAGAAAUGAUUCGACAAACAAGUUCAUGCUGUCGAAGCGUUGUGGACAAUUGUUCUUCUCGUUCUUUCAGUAAAAUAAUACUUAGAUCUUGUGUUCGUGGUAUGGAGGCCGCUGGUAGGGAUACCGCUAUCACUAUCUCUUGCUGCUACUGACAAGCACCCAUCGCAAGUGGCCCGUCUGCCGGCUCUAAGCCACCUACCUAGCACCUGCCUGCCUGCUCAACCGUCUACAACUCAGCCACACAUCGCUAUCAGGAUGCGUGUGUUCGUAAUUCUAGUGUGUGUAGCGCUAAAUGUGGCAUUCUGCAGUGCUCAGUAUUGCGGAAAACAACCCUGCCAAAAACUUGAAACUUGCGAUCGAGUUAGGGGUUGUAUCUGCCUCUCUGGCUACAUGAAGUCUUCAGACCUUUGCGUAGAUAUAAAUGAAUGUAAUACAAAUCCAUGCAAGCAAGGAGAAACUUGCAGAAACAUUGAUGGAUCAUACGAGUGUAUAUGCAUACCGGGGUAUUCUCGAUCUACGAAUGGUGCUUGCGAAAACAUAGAUGAAUGCCGAACUUCUCCACCUUGCGGAAAAGCAGAGACGUGUAGCGACAGUCAGGGUUCAUAUAGCUGCACUUGUAAGCAGGGGUACAGUGGGGCGUCUUGUGCUGACGUUGACGAGUGUCUGACUGGACAGCAUAACUGCAAAAUCGUACGCCAAGUAUGCCACAACACCCCGGGUUCCUUUCAGUGUAACUGCAGCCUUGGGUAUGCUGGAGCCACGUGCAACGAUCUUGACGAGUGCGCAACGGGUAAUGGUUGCCAUUCGCACGCGAACUGCACAAAUAUUCCCGGCUCCUACCAAUGUGCCUGCAACAAGGUCGGCUUCACUGGAAAUGGGUGGGAUUCUUGUUCCGACAUCAAUGAGUGUGGAGUGAGUAGCCCAGCUGUGAGCCCUUGUGCUACCAAUGCCGAUUGCAACAAUACAGAAGGUUCAUAUCAGUGCAAUUGCAAUAGAGGAUUCCGAGGAAACGGCACGACCUGUACUGAUAUUGAUGAGUGUUCCGACACUCUCAUAUGUCAUGACAACGCAAGCUGCACGAACAGCGCCGGGUCAUUUCAAUGCAGCUGCCUGAGUGGAUUCUCAGGAAAUGGCACGGCUUGUUCUGAUGUCGACGAAUGUCUGAGUGGACAUAGCUGUGAUAGCACAAGCCAGGUAUGCAACAACACCCUGGGUUCUUUUCAAUGUAGCUGCCGCUCUGGUUACGCUGGUGUCAAUUGCCAAGAUGUGGACGAAUGUGUAACAGGUAGUGAUUGCCAUUCACAAGCAGACUGCACGAAUACUCAUGGCUCCUACCAAUGUGCCUGCAACAAGGUCGGCUUCACUGGAAAUGGAUGGGAUUCUUGUUCGGACAUCAAUGAGUGUGGAACGAGUAGCCCAGCUGUGAGCCCGUGUGCUACCAAUGCCGAUUGCAACAAUACAGAGGGUUCAUAUCAGUGCAAUUGCAAUAGAGGAUUCCGAGGAGACGGCAUGAAUUGUUCUGAUAUUGACGAGUGUUCCGCCUCUCGCGUAUGUCAUGACAACGCAAGCUGCACGAACAGUGCCGGGUCAUUUAAAUGCAGCUGCCUGAGUGGAUUCUCAGGGAAUGGCACCGCUUGUUCUGAUGUUAAUGAAUGUCAGUCCGCUGCGGCCUGCAGCACAAACGAGACCUGUGUGAAUACCAUCGGAAGUUUUCAAUGUCCGUGCAUCGCAGGCUACGCCCAGAGCGGUACGGGUACCUGCCAGGAUAUCAAUGAAUGCCUGGCGCAAACACAACCCUGUCAUCACAACGCAAGUUGCACGAACAGCGCCGGGUCUUUUCGGUGCGGGUGCCUCGCCGGGUUUUCGGGCAACGGCGCCGUCUGCGUGGACAUCGACGAGUGCCGAUCAUCGAUUACAUCGCCGUGUCCUCACAAUGCCACCUGUAGCAACACGGAGGGCGCGUAUCAAUGUGCCUGCGCUACCGGCUACAGCGUCGUCGGGGCGGCGUGCACCGACGUCGAUGAAUGUAAGCUGGACGGCUCCUGCAGCGGCAAUGCAUCCUGCAGCAAUACGCCUGGCUCGUACAGCUGUGCGUGCAACUCCGGUUAUAGUGGAAAUGGGAAAACUUGCUCGGACAUCGACGAGUGCCGGACCGGAACGGACAUCCGUUGCCAGUCGAAUGCCGCGUGCGUAAAUACCGCCGGGUCGUAUAUCUGUGCGUGCGACGACGGUUUCUACGGUAACGAUACUCACUGCGGGGAUGUGGAUGAAUGUAGGACCCCGUCGGAGCUUUGUCGCCAGGGCGACGGCGGCCCGUGCAUGCUGUUCAUCAGCUGCCCGCGUCACAGCACCUGUACGAAUAACGUGGGCUCGUACGACUGCUCCUGCAGCUCUGGCUACACGGGCAACAGCACGCACUGCGCGGACCUGAACGAAUGUCUGGGUCCGAGGUCGCCGUGCCAUGGCAACGCCACCUGCAGCAACCUGCUGGGCUCGCAUCGGUGCACGUGCGACCGGGGAUUCAGCGGCGACGGGGCCAGCUGCUCGGACUUGGACGAGUGCCGUCUGGGCACGUCGCGGUGCGCCGCGAACGCCAACUGCGAUAAUACCAACGGCUCGUACUCGUGCACCUGCAGCGCCGGGUACACGGGCGAUGGGUUCGCUGGGUGCUCCGACGUGGACGAAUGCGCGGCGCCGAAGGGCCCCGAACCGUGCAGUCUGCACGCCACGUGCCGUAACGCCCCCGUCGGGUCGUUCACCUGCACGUGCGACGGCGGCUUCACCGGCAACGGCACAUCGUGCGCUGACGUCGACGAAUGCGCAGCAGUCACGGCAACCUCCCCGCCGUGCAAUCAGGACGCCGAGUGCGCUAACGUGGCGGGCUCCUACGUCUGCCGGUGCCGCACUGGGUUCACCGGACCGGCGGGCGGUGAUCAAUGUGCGAACACGGACGAAUGCAGUCUAGGGACGCACAUGUGCUCGGACGGUGCCGCUUGCACGGACACGCACGGAUCCUAUAGUUGCCAGUGCCUCGUUGGGUACAUGGGUGACGGCUACAGUUGUACCAAUGUUGACGAAUGCGCGCGGCAGCACCCAUGCGGCAAGUGCGACCCACACAACGUUAUCGGCGGCGACGGCACGAACUGCACAACGUGCCCGGCCUGUGUGGACACCGUAGGGUCGUUUAGCUGCCAGUGCCCGGCGCUGUACGAGUGGACGGGCACCGGCUGCCAGGCACUGGACAUCUGCCGCACCAAGCUGCACCAGUGCAGCAUGAACGCCACCUGCAUACACCGCGACACCACGCCGGCGCUGUCCACGCAAUGCUACACCUGCCACUGCCUGUCGGGCUUUGUAGGCAACGGAACUGUCUGCAGCCAUCUGCAGCUGCCAGUGACCCAUCCACAGGCGGCCACGCUGCGCUGGACAGUGCUGGUGAUUGGCAUUGCCGGCACGGUGCUGGUCGCCUGCAUCAUCUCCACCUUCCUGGUCAUGCACGUGCGCAGCAAGAGCAGGACGAAAGCGGAGCAGCAGCCGCCGCUCUGCGCGCAGGAGAUGCGCGAGAAUCCCUCUGACGACAACUACGACACAUACGCGGACGUGAAGACCUACAUGUCGGGAACGUCGCUACACAGCAACAACAACAACAACAACAACAACAACAUCAACAACGCACGCUACUCUUUCACGGGCUCAAGAAUCAGCCUGCCCACGGCGUCCGGUAACUUUGAUCCCGUCGAUGAUGCUACCAAGGCCGGGAAGCACUGGGGACCAGCAAUUAGCUGCACCAGCGCCGAUCGCAACAAGAGUCGAAAGGGCAAAAGCAACGACAAUAACGCCAACCACAACAGGGCUGACCUAUGCGCCACAUCGUCGUUUCUCUCAGAUAUUCGCAGUUUCGACGGCCCCAGCGAGCCAGUGAGUCCGGAGGGAUUGCGCCGCCACACGAGCAUGAAGCUUCCCGGACAGAUGGACCACAUGAACCCGCCGAGCUUGCCUCCCCUGCGACAGGAGACCACCAGCAACGACAACGGCGAAGACGUGUACAGUGAUUACAUGGACCUGCCGAAAAGCCAGGCAGCGCCGCCGCCGCCGAAGGAUAAACUGCACGACCGCAACCGCCUGAGACCGAACGGCGUGAACAGAGGCAGUCAGCGCAGUAAUACCGGCAACGCCUCUUUCCGCUCCGUAGGAGGCGGUAGUAUGCAACGCGGCAACCAGGCCGCUGCCAGCGAGAACGCUCACAAACCGUUCGCAUUACAGCCGUCUAUCGGCAGCUUCAACUCGACGGUCUUCGAAGAGUUUGAAAACGAUUACUCCAUGUACUCAGAUGUCGCCUCGCAGAGGUCGGUCGUCUCGCACCUGGCCGGCUCGAGCGUUGAAGAUAACUGCGUGCUCGACAACCAGCCGAUAAUGGACGACGCCUCGUCGGGCGACAUCUACUCCGAGUACGGCACGGCUACCGCACAGCACACACCGCAGCACUCGCAACUCCCCUCGCCCACUGCUCACUUGGCAAAGCUGCCACAGCCGGCCGAAAGCUCCACGGUGUCGCACUUCGUAUCCGAUGACCUCACCAGCCCCCGGCCCCUGUAAUGGCAGGAUCUCGCAGUCGGUCAGAAGUCCUCCACCACAACAGUCCGCACAUGGUUGUGAAAGAAAAAGUAAAGCCUGACUCCCAGGUCAGGCACGCUCCCGUGAUGGAUAUUUAAACACGGGGGCAUCAACAUGCACCCUGCACUGGUGCACGCAGGUGGUAGUGAAAAUUUCACAAAAGUUGGUUAGUGCCGAGCGGUGAGCAGGGAAUAAUAGCCUUGACGGAAUUUUGUCUUGCGUGUCCGCAAGUGUUCUUUCCCGGCAGGGCCCACUGAUUUAUUCAUGCAUGCAUUUUUGAUCAAUCCGGCGCUCGUUUGUCCAAGGCAGUCCCGCACAUGUGCAGCUGUCACAAUUUGUCUCGCACAUGGUCAAUGCCUCUUGAGUCCUGGUCGGAGCUGGUCAACCCAUAUUCCAAGUGCUGGUCGGGGUUGUUAAGCCCCUAUUCUAAGUUCGGGUCGGGGUUGUUUAACCCUUAUACUGAGUACUGGCCGAGGCUGUUCAACCCGUAUUCCCAGUACUGAUUGGGGCUGCGCAACCCAUCCAUCUUGCACAUGCCUGUUUGCACGACCGUUCUCUACUCUCUGCUAUCUCGAACACUGCAUGUCUGUAACCCCGAUACCAUUGCUGCCAGCUGCCAGUCUCACCAAAGCAUUACAGCUCAUAACAGUAGUAUGCAGGUCGCUACUGCUGUGCAGCAAUGAACUAUGCUAAUGAGUUAUCAGCAGUGAUGCUGAUCACACGCUAAGUCGCUUUCUCUCCAUCUCUCGCUUUCAUCUUUCCAUCUCAACAGUGCAUGGCCGAGUGCCAUUACCAUCACGCAAAGAGGCCAGCUUGUCCAGCCGAGGCUUGGACCUAACUUGUGUUCUUUCUUUUGAAAUUCCACUUUUCUUGGUGGUUGUGUACUGUACUGGUUCCAUGGUCAAUAGAACGCUCUUAUCUGCUUUCGUUUUCCUAGAUACACGUCCAUACGCACUGAAGUUUGUCUUUCGGGACAAGCUGACUACUGCGGUUGGCCUUUACAGCUUGCGCUCCACACAUUCAUAUCAUGUCUCCAUAUCAUUUUUUUGUUAGAUGCGUGUAAAAUUAGCCUCGAAAC